AUGCCUAAGCGCACUCACGAGGACUCCGUCUUCUCAAAGACGCUCGGGUCCUUGGACCCCGGCGGUCAGGGGAACAACAUCUCGAUUAAUGAGCUUUUAUCUAAUUCCGAUGAGCCAGAACCCGAUCACUCGGAGACUCAUACCCGGAAGCCCAGGAACUUCAUUGCUGCAGUGGUACAUAUAUUCUUCCCUCCCCCCGCUUUGCUCAUUUCUGACCUUGGUGGAUACCUCACAAUCCAUGCGUGCGAAAACUGUCGGCUGAAAAAGACAAGAUGUGACGAGUCACGACCCAAGUGCGGACUGUGCAAAGCCUUGAACUUGGAGUGUGUGUACAGUGAACGGAAGUUGUCCAAAAAAGACCAAUCAAUUGGCAUGAUUAUAAGCACAUUGCAUCGCAUCGAAACAAAGUUGGAGAAUCUUCCAUCUGCUAUUUCCAACGACAUUCGACCAUCGUUCACUGGUCAAGUCCUGCAGGCAGUGGAAGCCAUACAGAGUUCGUCUACAGCAGGUAAUACGCCGAGUGCAAAGGCGGCAACUCAUCGGCCGUCGUUGUCUCAGAUUACCUCGCCGGCUACAACUGGCCACGUUGAGGUGGACGCUCAAGCACCGGCAGAUGGGAAAGAGGUGGUGCCUAUUUCUUUCAGUCAACAUGGAGUCGUGAUUUGGCCCGGCAUCAUCAGCUGCUUGCCGGAAAGGUUCCUGUUUGCCUACGAGCAACUUGGCAGGUAUUAUGUCCUGGAUGUGGAGAUGGAAAGACCGCCUCUCCCUAUGUGGGUGAAUACAUUCUCCCUACACACCGCAGAGAAUUGGCUUGAUGAACUGCCUUUUGCCCUGGUGAAAGGACUAUGCGAGGCUUUCUUUUCCCUCUUCCACCCAUUCACUCCAUUCAUGGAUAAACAUUUCUUUUUCUCCUUUACUCUUGGCACAGUCAUCAAACACGGGUUUGCCUCUACUAUCGAGACGUGUCUUGUCCUGAACGUAAUGGCGCUAGGCUGCCUAGCCGUGCGUGCAUACGAAGAGGCAGAUUUCCCAUUACCAGGUUCAUUCAGUGCUCGGUUUGAACGACCGGCUUGGUUUGAGGUAGCUGCAGAAGACCCUCCGGGGCUAUGCUUUUUCAAUGAGGCCCGGAGACGGAUGGGGUUUUUAAUGGAGAAGAAUGACCUAUCCAGUUGUCAAUACUAUCUUUUAUCCGCUCAUAUAAUCCGUCCCUUGGACUCUGGAGCCAUGCUCAACCGAGCUGCUGCUUGUUUAUGCUUCAUGCUGGCAAAUCGUGAUAUCAAUUACAACGAAUGGGAAGGCGAUAUGAAGUCAAGAGUCUUUUGGAACACCGUCAUGUACGAAACGAUACUCGUGCAGGAGUUAGAUCUCCCUUCUAGUGGACUUUCAGCUCUCGAAGACAAUGUUCCUAUUCCCAAAUUCAUUCCCUUCAGACCUGUCAGACUCUCCUCGGUGUCUUCUUCAGCAUCGGACCCAGACGACUCGUACUUCCAUCAAUGCCAUUUCCUUGCACAGAUAGCGAAUCGGAUUAUACUCACCCGAAUUAGACAUAGUCUGUAUUCAUUCUCGGACUCUGGAAACCUGCCUCGUCCAGCAGUCAGCGCGGAGCUACAUAACCAGGUCGAAGAAUGGCGCAAAAACCUUCCACCAGCAAUCCAGUUCUCCGAAAAGUCGGAAGAAACAACCAACGACGAUAGGUCGCCCUCCAUCGUCACCGAACCACGAACCUCAGCUUCCCUAGCGGUUGCCGUAGCAGACGCAAUGCUUCGAGCUCGUUAUCGAAUUUGCAAAUUCCACAUUGGACGGCCUUAUCUUUAUAAAGCGCUACGAGCGCCCAGUCUUUUGACUAGCGAAGACCUAGAGCAAGUGUCCAGCGGACUGAAAUAUGCCAUGAACUGGCCCAUGAUUCGCGGCGUGUUUCGUCGAAUGAAAAGCUGCAUUCCCAUCAAGUUUGCUUUUUGCUCGCAGUAA